AGGUUCAGUCUCACCUGACGACUCACAAGGCGUGGACGCUUCAGGAACCGUUCCUCCGGACGUGCACGUGGGAGUACGAACUGCCGAACCAUGCGACUACCACUCCGAGCCGCGUUCCUCACGCUGCUGCUGGUUUUGUUCGUUCGUGCUCAAGAAACAAGCCCCGUGACUCCCAGUUCUACCGGCGAUGUCUCCGCGUCGACCCCGCGGACGACGACGACGACGCAGGAUCCCGGGCCGGACCCGAGGAAUCCGUUCAAGUAUUACGCCAAGAAGCAGACGCAACUCAUCAAGGGAAUCAUGAAGAACGUCAUGGAACACGUGGCGCCUCAGUUUAUGGGUGACAUCUCGAGAGUUAACCUCACCGGAGAUUGUGCCUAUGGAGUAUUCAAGUAUAUUCUCGGAAUCAAGCAGCUCUACCCUUGGGCAAUUAAGAUGCUGGACUCCACAGGCAAGGCGCCCGACGGUGUAUUCUAUGGAUCCCUGACGGCAUUCGGAGACAUGGACGAAUGCCUGUCAGUGCGUGCUACUCACAGGAAGUACAGCGGAAAGAUUGAGAAGUACUUUCACGGCCAGUACUGCGCUGCUGACGUUCGGCCCAUCUUGCCUCCGAAACCGCCCCACUAUAAGCCCAAAACAUUCCUCAAGAACCUCACCGACGAAGUCCCACUAUAUAAGAACUUGUUGGGUGACAUCUCCGUUGCUUACUUCUAUUUUGCUCAAAUCCGCCUUGGCCUCUGCAUGCCGUCCACGUGUACAAGGGAUGAUAUCCAGACCUUGGCAGACACAGUGGCUGCUCUGGCGCAAAUGAAUGUUACUAUUCCAUGGUGCGAAAAAGAACAUCCUGUCAGGUACACGACGUUCCAGCUCACAGCCAUCGGUAUACUAGCCUUCUUCUUUUCGCUGGUUCUGCUGGGAACAACCCUGGACGUGGCACCUCGCAUACUACAGAGCUGGUCUAUCGUCGACCCAGACAUAAAACCUCACAAAAACGAGAGAAACUGGAUUAUAGACGUGCUCCUGACAUUUUCUGCGUACACGAACGGCCAACGCAUCUUGUCGACGGAGUCCGGAACUCUCGCGCCUCUGCACGGCAUGCGUGUCAUCACCAUGGGCUGGAUCAUUCUUGGCCACACGUUCUUCUACAAGAACUACGUACUCACAGGUGGCCUGCUCGAAGCAUUAGAGUGGGGAAAGUCCCUCCCAUUCCAGGUCGUGCUCAAUGUCUUCCCUGCAGUGGAGACCUUCGUCACUAUAUCUGGCAUACUGGUCGCAUAUACGAGCCUGGAGAAACUCGAGAAGAGCGACGGGCAGCUAAGUCUUUUCAUCUACUAUUUCCACCGAUACUGGAGGUUGACACCAGCGUUCAUCUUAGUAUCUCUGCUGAUGAUCCUGCUGCCACUGACCGGCAGCGGACCAGUGUGGAACGAAACGCUGCAGCCAUACGCGCAGGCGUGUGAGCGCAAUUGGUGGACUAACCCCCUCUACAUUGGCUCAUGGAUUCGCAGAGAGGACAUGUGCCUACCCCACGGAUGGUACCUGUCUUGUGAUAUGCAUUACUACAUCAUCGCGCCUAUUAUCUUCUUCCUGCUGUACAGGAGGCCCAGAAUAGGCUUUGCCAUCCUGUCUGUUCUCGGUGUGCUCUCCAUCAUCGUGGUGGCUGCCAUAACCUAUGCCGGAAACUUCCCACCAAUUCCACUCUUUGUAGACCCUGACCCAGAUCACUACAACGAUUUUAUGAGCCUCAUCGGCUAUCGUCCAUAUACGCACCUCACAGCCUUUUGCAUAGGAAUGGCAACGGGCUACUUCCUGCACAAGAAUAGGACACUUCGAAUGAACAGGGUUACCAGGCUACUGGGUUGGUUGGUAGCCGGUGGAUUAAACCUCAUCAUUGUGUUCGGCGCGUACGACUGGAAUGCCAAUGACGCACCGUCCCUGGGCGUUGCCAUCCUUUACGGUGCCUUCAGUCGCACAGUCUGGGCCCUAGGAAUUGCCUGGAUUGUCGUAGCCUGCACUACUGGCAAUGGAGGCUUCAUCAAUACCAUCCUUUCCUGGAAAGCAUUUAUACCGCUGAGCCGACUGACGUUCCUUGUGUACCUGGCACACCCACUGCUGAUCUUAUGGCACACGGCGUACCUGAAGAAGCCGUACUAUACUACACAGUUCUUCACGGGCUACCUCUUCAUUGGGCACCUGUUUGUCUCCUACUGCCUUUCCUUCUCCCUCACCCUUACGUUUGAAUCUCCAUUCAUCCUCCUGGAGAGAAUCAUCACAUCAAAGCUCGGACUCUCCCAUGCGGCUACUUCGACGUCACCGAAAACGAUCGACUUAAAUACAGUAGGCGACAAGCAGCAUAGCAAUGGACAAGCAAACAAGGGUUUGGAUAAUGUUUAGGUGUUUGUAAAUUCAUCAGUACUCAUCAUGUUGAUGUAAAUACCUCAUCACUGCUGUUGCUCAAUUUUCACCCCUCAUAGUCAUGGUUGAGACAAGUUCAAACAUAUGUUAUGCCAAUUAAAACUUUUUCACCCCCAA